UCGAUAAGUAUCGAUAAGUUUCCCAUCACUAUCGGCUAACGUUACCGCGUGCUUGAAGGUAGAUUGAUUUAUCGUGUUAUUAUCAUAAUGGACGACCAGGACGAAUACGAAACCUUCCUGGCUAUUCACAAACCUCAACUAGAGGCAUCCGGUGUGCCGGGUCACCUAUGGCCAGAGCUGUUCUACAAACUUAAACAUCAGGUCUUCGAUGCCGGCGAGAGUUUCACCCUACUGUAUGUGGAUUAUGACGACAACCAACGUUCUGAAGAGGAUCCAAUUUGGACUGUAGCAGUAACGAAGGAGGGAGGCAUCCGAGCGGACAGUCCUGCAGAGAUAUACUUGGUGGAUCAUGCGUGGACCUUUCGUUCGGACAAUGCACGCCAAUUACUGAACGAGCAUCCGUCCCUGGUGAACCGGCUUGCUGUCAUGAUGGGAAUCGACCAACAAGAUGUGCCUAGCUCCGUAAUUAUCUCCAAUAUAUUAAACGACAUUUGGAAAUGGUGCUGCAUGAACUCCUUAAAUGCAGAAGGCCUGUCAGUAGAAAACAAAAUGCCAAUUUGGUACGUGAUGGAUGAAUUGGGUAGCGGAAUUUUGCACAGUGACACACCCAACUGUAGAGUUGUGCCGUUCAUUCACGUACCUGAGCAGAUGACCUACAGUUUACUGUUUCCAAUCAAAAACUUUCAAGAAGGAGACCAACUCUAUCGUGAUUUCGUGGAAGGAACACCUAGUGAAUGUAUGGAGCGCAAAGCGCUGCUUUUGCCCUGGCGCUACACUUCAUUCACUGAAGAAAGUUUUUCCCAGAAGGAACCCUCCAAAGAUUAUUUCCUCGCUGGUCAUCUGGAAGAAUCCUUGCCCAAUGAGGAUGCUGCGCCGCCUCUUGUUGAUGGAAACCGUCCUCUUAAAGUGUACUCGCAGUAUGAAAUGGUAAGUCAGUAUCUUACAGACGCUGCAUUUGAGUUUGUGGACAACUCCGAAGAUGCGGAUAUCCUUUGGAUGACAACUCAUUUCAAACAAUAUCGCGAAUUCAGUGAAUCAACACCCAAUAAGUUCAUAAAUCAGUUUCCGUUCGAGAAUGUUAUCACAAUCAAAGAUCUUCUCAGCAUCGUCUGCAGACGGAUGGCCAAUAAUAGCAACGAAACGGAUCCACUGGCACCAAAUCCCAAUUGGUUACCAGUGACGUACAAUCUUAAAACUGAAUUGGUUGAGUUUGUAAGUUAUUACCAAAACCGUACCCGAAGAGGUUUCGAUAAUCAUUACAUCAUCAAACCGUGGAACCUCGCUCGCGGUUUAGACACUUACAUCACCAAGAAUUUGUCGCAAAUAAUGCGAUUGCAGCAAACCGGUCCAAAAAUUGUUCAGAAGUAUAUUGACAAUCCUGUACUUUUUCUAAGACCGGAGGUCGAAGGACGGGUAAAAUUUGACAUUCGUUAUGUUUUGUUGCUGAAGAGUGUCGAUGAACUGUCGGCUUACAUUUAUAAUCAGUUCUUUUUGCGUUUCGCCAAUAAACCUUUCGAGUUGAACGAUUUCGACGAUUACGAAAAGCACUUUACUGUUAUGAACUAUUCUCAGUACCAGCUUAGGCACAUGAAGUGCGAAGAGUUUUUAGAGCAAUGGAAGCUGCAAUACCCGGAGCAUGAGUGGUCAACCGUCGAGGAGGAUAUCUGCCAUAUGCUUAAGAAAAUGCUGCAAGGAGCAACACGGUUGCCGCCCCCCUGCGGCAUCAGUCCCAGUGUUCAGUCACGGGCCCUUUACGCUGUUGACUUGAUGCUAGAGUGGUCUGACGGUGGAACCCGCAUGCAGCCCAAAAUCCUCGAGGUUAAUUUUACACCAGACUGCAAGCGUGCCUGCGAAUAUUACCCGGACUUCUAUAACGAUGUUUUCAAUUUACUGUUUUUGGAUCAGGAAAAUUCGGAUACCUUCCGGAGGAUCGCUUGAUGCAAAUUCGCUGGACAAACUUUUGCAACUUUGAAUGAACUAUGGCAGGCAACGGUAAUAAAUGCUAAAAUUACUUUGUUUCUAUACAAUAUUUUUAUUUAGUCAGUCAUGUUUUAUACAUGCCUGUUAAGUUUACUUAUUUGAUUAAUAUAAAUCGCCUAAAAUAUGAAGCAUAACAUGCCAAUAGGGAAGUAUACACAUAUAAUUUAGGCAAAACAUGAGUUGCAUUACGUGCAUCACACGAUAUCAAACACUUAAACAAGCGUUUUAACAUUAUCAAAACAAUACCACGAAAUAUAAUUU